AUGGCUUAUCGAACUGAAAUGGUAAGUAUUUCUUUUUUUUCUUCACAAAAAGAAAUUCCGAUUGGUCUCUUCAGGGAUUAUAUUACUCAUAUUAUAAAACAAUUAUAAAUGCUCCUUCAUUUUUGGAAGGAUUGGAUUUGAUAAUUCGAGAUGAAGUGACUGAAUAUGGACAUCAGAUAAAUACGCUGAAUCGAUUCAAUUUGUAUCCGGAGGUCAUUCUAUCAUUCCUUUAUCGCCCAUUCCGUUCAAUCGCAAAAUCUGCAAAUUGGCGUGUCGAAACUUGUUGGCAAGUAAAUCGAGGUGCAAAUCUGAAACCAGUCGAAAGCUGCGAAGGAAUCGGAAAUCCUCAUUAUUUCUACAACACAGCUGUUUUUAUAAUUGCUGGAAGUGUUGCUUCUUCUAUUUUUUGGCUUGGAGUUUUAUUAAGUAAUUCGAUUUUUGGUGGAUUAUUGGCCGUUUUGUGCUUCUUUUUUAAUCAUGGAGAAGCAACACGAGUUCAAUGGACUCCGCCACUUCGAGAAAGUUUCGCUUUUCCUUUCAUCAUUGCUCAUAUUUUAGCUGUUAGCUAUGUUGUUAAGUGAGUUUACAUUUUGGAAAAAUCCUUUUGUUCAAAAAAAACAUUAUGGUUGUAGUUCGGAAUACUGUAUUUUGAAAUUAUCUUAAAAUUCUAAAAGUUUUAAAGCUACAGUAAUUCGAACUGCAAUUUUCGUAGUUUGAAGUACGGUAGAACAACAUUAUUUAGAAUUGUACGAAAACUCUUUCGAUAUAUUUUCAAUUCUGAAAAAAUUAGCCACAGUAAAACUCGCAAUUUCAUCAAAUUUUGAAUUAAUUUUUCUCAUCUCAAGUUUUAAUUUAUUUUUUCAGAUUCAAGAGUUCUGGUCCUCUUCCAUCAAUAAUUCUACUAUUUUUCUCAAUUCCAGCAAUGUUAUUCUGGCAAUUUUCUCAAUUUGCCUUUUUCACUCAAAUCUGCUCAAUUUUCUCAAUAUUUUCAAUCGGACUAAUUCCUCAAAACACUCUUCAAACUCUAGUCAAAUCACAUCUCAUAUCAUUUAUUAUUUCAUUUUUCCUACUUUUUGGAAAUGAAAUGAUGAUAACUGCUUUAUAUUUUCCAAGUAUUAUUGCUCUUUUUGUUAUUGCUCAUAUUCCGAAUAUUUCGAAUCGAUUCAUCCGAUUUUUUGUGCUUUCAUUGGUUUUUGGAAUUUUGACGAUUGCUUUGAAGAUUGUAUUUGGAAAAACAUUGCAAAUUGAGGAUGAUGCACAUAUUUUUGAUAUUCUUCGAUCGAAAUUCACGAGUUUUGCUAACUUUCAUACGAGGUUAUAUACUUGUUCAGCGGAAUUUGAUUUUAUCAGCUUUUCAGUGAGUUUGGGGAAGAUCGUUUUGAGAAUUUUUGAUCCAAAAAAAUGUACGUUUCAAAAAUUAUAUUUUAAAAUAUUUAAUUUUUGAAAAAAUAAUAAUUCGAAUAGAAGUCUUAGGAAAAAUGAGAAUCCACGUGGAAAUUUUUCUUCUCUUGCCUUUGAAAUUUUUGCGUUAUUUUUUUCCAAAUUUCGAAAUUUGCCACGUCAAAAAAGUUUUAUCACUAAAAAGCUACAGUAACCCAUCAAUUUAUUUUUCAGGUGUUCGAAAAACUGUGCAUCAGUUUCCUAAUUCCCUCAGCUCUUUUAUCAAUUGCUCUUUUCGCUUUCGUAUUUUUGCGCAACAAAUUGCAAGAAAAUGGUGAAAUUGUAUAUAAUUUGGUGCAAUUGGUGUUGUAUACUUUGAUGGCUGUGUUAAUUAUGAGAUUGAAAUUAUUUAUGACACCACAUUUGUGUAUAACAGUUGCUAUUCUCGCAAAUUAUCAGGUAAUAUUUGAUGAAGAUUGUUUCAAUAAUAUUUUCUUUUGCAGAUAAUCAAUUCAAUUUUUGGUGCAAGAUAUACAAAGUUAAUUCAUUGUUCAUUUUUAAUUGGAUUAAUUGCAAUUCUAACUUAUAAAGGUCUUCCAAAUAUUCAACAACAAUUAAAUAUCAAAGGAGAAUACAGUAAUCCAGACCAAGAAAUGUUAUUUGAUUGGAUUGAAACAAAUACAAAAAAAGAUGCAGUAUUUGCUGGAACAAUGCCAGUUAUGGCAAAUGUCAAAUUAACAACACUCCGACCAAUUGUAAAUCAUCCACAUUAUGAACAUGUUGGAAUACGAGAAAGAACUUUGAAAAUAUAUUCAAUGUUUAGUAAAAAACCGAUCAAAGAGGUUCAUGGAAUUUUGAAAAAUAUGGGAGUUAAUUAUUUUAUUUUCCAAUUGAUGAAUUGUUCGAAUGAUGAGAAAAGGUUGGUUUUUAAAGAUUUUUUGAGAUGUGGCAAUUUCAGAAAUACUCUGAGAAAUUGGGAAUACUACUGUAGAUUGAACUUGGAACUAAAUUUUCUGGAUUACUGUAGAUCAAAUAGAGUAAUCCAAAAUUAUGCCCAAAAAACUUUUUUAGAAAAUUGUAGCCGAAAAUCAACGUGACAUUCUUUCCCUUUUGCGUAUUUAGAAAUUUCUUUCAAAACUUAAAAGGACAAAAUGGUGCGCAGUUCCACGUGUCACUUUUUUCAUAACCUGGCAAAAUUUAGAAAAAUGCUCAAGAGUCUGAAAGCACAGCUUUUCCCAUGUUUUGUCAUAAUUCAUCAGCAUUUGUUGUUCAUAGUUCCAAUUAAUUUUUGAUAUUUUCCAGGCCUGAAUGUGUGUAUCGUGGAAUGUGGGAUGAAGAAGAUCCAUUGAAUCAAAAUCGAACUUCACUUUGUGAUUUAUGGAUUCUGGCGGCGAAUUCUCAAAAUUCGGAAAAAAUAGCACCAUUUAAAAUUGUUUAUAAUAGGAACAGAAAUUAUAUUGUUUUGAAAAUUUGA